AUGCGGUGUGGAACCCUGUGCCACCUCCUGUGGCUUUGGCACUCUCUGUCCUACAUUCAAGCUGUGCCCAUCCAAAAAGUCCAAGAUGACACCAAAACCCUUAUCAAGAUCAUUGUCACCAGGAUCAGUGACAUUCCACACAUGCAGUCUGUCUCCCCCAAACAGAGGGUGACUGGCUUGGACUUCAUUCCUGGUCUCCAGCCUGUCUGGACCUUCCCCAAGGUGGACCAGACUUUGGCGAUCUACCAGCAGAUUCUCAUGCGUCUGCCUUCCACAAAUGUGAUCCAAAUAACCAAUGACCUGGAGAACCUCCGAGACCUCCUCCGGAUGCUGGCUGUGUCCAAGUGCUGCUUAUACCGCAAAGCCAGUGGCCUGAAGAGCUUGGAGAGUCUGGGCAGUGUCCUGGAGGCCUCACUCCACUCCAUGGAGGUGGUGGCCCUGAGCCGGCUGCGGGGGUUUCUGCAGGACAUGCUGCAGCAGCUGGAACUCAGCCUCAGGUGCUGA